GAGAAACAAGAUCCAUCCCCUCGACCUCAAUCCGCGGCCCCGCGCUCCCGUUCCACCCUGCCAUUCCCCGGUCCAACCCCAAACCCCAUCCCCCACGCCAUCACCUUUCCCGCCGCUGCCUGCCUGCCUGCUGCCUGCUGCCUCACAGCGCCACGCCCCUCGUUUCGCCUCACACUCCACAGUCCUCACUGGCCUUGCUUUUCCAGCUCUGCUUUUGGGCUUAAAGACACCGCGCGGCCCUCGAGGGAACUCACCGCCACUAUGGCCUCGGAGACCGCGCCGUUCGGCCUCACGGGGACGGCGGGCAAGGCCGGCGCGUCCGCGGCGCACAGGCCGCACGGCCACGUCGUGCUCGCCGCGCGCGUCCACGACGCGCUCGUCUUCGCCGCGGGCGCCGUCGCGGCCGUGCUCCUCCUCCUCUGCUUCUCAUCCCUGCUCGCGCCCGCGCCCGUGCCCAACCUCGUCGCCGGCCCCUCCCUCCCCUUCCCCACCUCCUUCCCGCAGCAGCAGGAGAACGACUCCGAGGAAGGCCUCUACGCCAGGGUCGCCGCACGCCCGCGCACCUUCUACGACGACCCCAAGCUCUCCUACGCCGUGGACCGGCGGGUGGCCGGCUGGGACGCGAAGCGCGCCGAGUGGCUGCGCCUGCACUACCCGCGCGGCCUCCGCGCGCGCCGCGGCCCCGGGGAGCGCGUCCUCAUGCUCUCCGGCUCCCAGUCCUACCCCUGCGCCGGCGACGGCGGCGACCACAUGCUGCUCCGCUUCCUCAAGAACAAGGUCGACUACGCGCGCCUCCACGGGAUCGAGCUGCUCUACAACACGGCGCUGCUGCAGCCCGACAUGGUGGCAUACUGGGCCAAGAUCCCCGUGGUGCGCGCCGCCAUGCUCGCCCACCCGGAGGCCGAGUGGGUCUGGUGGCUCGACGCCGACGCCGUCGUCACCGACAUGGACUUCGCGCCCCCGCUCGCCACCAGGUACAAGGACUACAACCUCGUCGUCCACGGCUGGGACAGGGAGGUGUACGAGGCCAGGUCCUGGGUCGGCCUCAACGCCGGCGUCUUCCUCAUCCGCAACUGCCAGUGGUCGCUCGACUUCAUGGACGCAUGGGCCAGCAUGGGCCCGGCCUCGCCGCAGUACGCGCGAUGGGGCAAGACCCUCAAGGCCACGCUCAGCGACAAGCCCGACGCCGAGUCCGACGACCAGUCGGCGCUGGCAUACCUGCUGCUCAAGAACCCCAAAAAAUGGGGCGCCAGGACCUACCUCGAGAACCAGUACUACUUCCAGGGCUACUGGGCGGAGAUCGUGGACAAGCUCGACGGCGUCGCGGAGCGGUACCGGGCGGCGGAGCGGCGGUUCGGGCCCGCGCUCCGGCGGCGGCACGCGGAGGGGGAGCACGCGCUGUACGCGGCGGCGAGGAACGCGGCCCUGAGGAAGAAGGACGGCGGCGUCCCGGGGCCCGACGGGGGCGGGCAGAAGGCGUCCGCCUGGCGCCGGCCCUUCGUGACGCACUUCACCGGAUGCAACCCCUGCGGCGGCAGGCCCAACGAGAUCUACUCCAACGAGAGCUGCGCCGAGGGGAUGCGGCGCGCGCUCAACCUCGCCGACGACCAGGUGCUCCGCGCCUACGGAUUCCGCCACGCCGGGCCGCUCAAGGACGACGUGCGCCCGCUCGUAGCCUAGUCUUGUCAAACUGAGCGUGCACUUUGGUGGUUGUUACACAAGACAGAAAUAUCGAAUCACCAUUUUGUUAUUUUGUACACUGUUUUAUUAUUAGCGAAAUGAAAAGAUGAUGACAUGACAGGGUUGCUUCCGCUGCAUCUCUGGGCCGCUGUCGCUGUCACUGGAUGUGGCGGUGCAUCCUUGUAGCUUGAUUUUGGGUCCUUGCUUGACCCCCUCUUUUUUUUGUACUUCUUCUUAAACUUCAUCCAAGCAUAUAUAUAGGGAGCACCAAUAAAUCAGUUGUUCAAAAGAAA